AUGGAGGGUCAGCCCGUUGCAAAGCACAGCCAACCGAAUCUCCAGCAGAUGGAUCUCGUCGAUCGUUGCAAUGAGAUCAUCAGUGCAAUAUUUUGGGAUCUCAAUGCUGCCUGUCAAAUGCCCUUGAUUGUCCAAGGUAAACCCGAAGGAAUAGAUUGGCAAUACUAUGAGAUAAUGAAAAACUCUACUCAAGCGUUCAUCGAUCAGACCUUUAUGGCAUUGGUUGAAUGUGAGUCGAACCCCGCCAACGCGAGCCGACACAUCCAGGCACUUGAUAUACUCUCUUGGAAAAUUUACACUAUUUGUGCUCACGCAGAAGCAUUUCGCAGACUUUUUGAGACUGAGACCGAUGAAAUCUGGGACAAGGUAUUGGAGCUCGUCAAAGCUGAAGAACGCAGUGUUGAGGUCUUUGCAUGCACUCGAGGUUUGGAAUGGCGUGGGCCCCUGCUAACUAAAGCUAGUGACAGAGAGUGGCCACAUUUGCAAGAGGCGCUAGCUCCAGAGAUCAAUACCGCGGUCUUCCACCCCCAUCAAGUGGUGCAGACCCAGGAUGGCUAUCUUCGGCUGGCUACCUUCGAAGGGCAUGUUCAAGCCAAUAUUUCAGAGAGUUUUCACAAUGCAAAGAAUUUCCCGGAAGGCAAAUACCUCCGACUGAGAGAUGCUGAUACCUAUCCCCUGCUUCGUGAGCCAAAAUGGGGCCCCUGCGCUCUUUGCGGAAGCCUUGAGAGAUGCAAUUGUCAGCCAGUCUUUUUAGCUGGUGAUCUGGUUGAACUCAGGGAGUAUCCAGGCAAGGGCAUUGGUACACGAACUUUGACUAACCUUCAGCCAGACACCUGGAUUGGCAAUUUUGUCGGGGAGUUGUUUCCUACCUCUCAUCGCGAAGGCUACUGGAGCUUCGCCGGCACAUUCUGCCCGCCAGGUCGUACUCGCAGAUUGCAAGAUUACAAGGCCAACAUUAACCCCGAACGAUUUGGCAACUGGACUCGUUUUGCUAACCACCACUGUGAAGAGAAUACGCACGCCGGUUCAUUUCUCGCAGGAGGUCGUGCCAAUAUAGCAUUCAAGGUGGACCAAAAGAUCAAUGCUUUUGACGAGGUCCUCAUUAACUAUGGCAGGGGAUACUGGCAAGGUGCUGGAAGAAAAUGCCUAUGUGGUAGUAAGAACUGUGUUUCCAAGAGGUGA